CUUUUUUUCAUUCUAAGGCCUUAAAUAUGAUCAGAUAAACGUUGUGGUUGUACGGCAGUGAGGCAUCAGAGUUAACACUGAUUUUACUGUCCCGGAUAACGAUGAUGGUUUCUCAUCACAGCUGUAUGCUUUUAAGCCUGGAGGACAACGCCUGCAACCUGUCACUACAUCAAGAGUGGAAAUCUCAUGUGGUUUUCACUUGGAUCCUCCUAUCCGCGCUUACUAUGUUAUGAUGAAUCCGUACCGUCUUUUCAAAGCUGUAAUGUUCACCAGAAAAUAAUAAAUUUAUCCGGGCGUUCCAUACUCCACUUGUCAAUCUAAACAACUCAGUUGCAGCACGUUUAUCGUGAGUAACGAGGAAUCAAACCCUCUGAACCAAGCUUAGGUGCUAUAAGUGAGGUUCAUAAGCUCAACCGUAGAUACCUUCAAAUGUUUUGCCCUGUUUUUUUUCAGUUUCUACAGACCGGUGCAUCUUACGAAAAGAAAUGGGGAAGACGAAAACUAAGAAGGAAAAAUCUGAAAUAAUUAAAACGGGAGGUAUUCGUUUCCAAAAACAGAAGGGACAGCACAUUCUCAAAAACCCCUUGAUUAUCAACACCAUGAUUGAGAAGGCCGGUGUGAAAAACACAGAUACUGUGCUUGAAAUAGGUGCGGGAACCGGUAACCUCACUGUAAAACUUUUGGAACGGGCGAAGAAGGUGUGCGCGUUUGAGAUCGACCCUCGAAUGGUUGCCGAAUUGCAAAAACGUCUCCAGACCUUGUCCAACCGUUCUAAAUUAGAAAUUCUAGUGGGGGAUGCCAUCAAAGCUACCACUUGGCCCAAAUUCGAUCUGUGCGUGUCCAACUUACCCUACCAAAUCUCCUCCCCAUUCAUUCAACGACUCAUGAAGGCCGGUCGGGGCUAUCGCGCGGCGGUGGUCAUGGUCCAAAAAGAGUUUGCUGACCGGCUACUCGCUCAGCCAGGCGAUAAAAUGUACUGUCGGUUGUCAGCAGCUGUACAAUUCCAUUGCAAAGUGGCUCUCCUAAUGCGGAUAAGUAGGAACAGCUUUCGACCUCCUCCGCGAGUGGACUCAGCAGUGGUUCGAGUUGAACCACGGCAUCCGCUCCCGCCAGUCACCUUCUCCGAAUGGGAUGGCCUGCUGCGGCUGGUGUUCGCUCGAAAAAACAAGACCAUCGGUGCGAAUUUCUCCGGUAAAGCUGUCGCUGUAUUGUUGCGCAAACACUACUUGGAGAGUUGCACUGCUCGUGGUGUCACACCAGAUCCGCCUACGAUCGCCUGUUCAACUGAAGGGGUCGCUGCUAUGGAGGUCAAGUUAAAAUCCAUCUUGGAAGAUUCAGGCUUUGACAAAAAGCGGGGCCGAGUCUUGGACGAGGACGACUUGCUUCGAUUGCUUUUGGCAUUUAAGACAGAGGGUAUUCGGUUUGGCUAAGAAGUGAUAGGCUCAGCCUCCUGUACAUACAUAUUAUCUUUG